AUUAUGGGUCAAUUGCAAUGUUAUUCGACGAGAAGCACAUUGUCUGAAUAUGACACCCCUUUCUAAUCUGAUAUUUCGGAGUGUGUUGAUUUGUACACUACUGGGGUGCGUUUCUGGACAAAAUGCAGUCAUAUGGAUCACAGAGACGGGGUCGGUUAGAGGAGAGGAAAACUACCUAUUGGAUGAUCCUCGACCUAUAUACGCCUUCAAGGGUAUACCAUAUGCCUACCCACCAACUGGGACCAUGCGAUUUCAACCCCCUCGAAUGCUACCUAUAUGGGAUGGAGAAAGGAGUGCAUUAGGAUACGGUGACCGGUGUCAUCAGAACCGUGAUUACACAAACAUGUCCGAGGACUGUCUUUACCUGAACAUCCACACACCUACCCUUGAUUCCUCUUCUAGACUCGCUGUUAUGGUUAACAUCCACGGUGGGGGACUUACAGCAGGUUCUGGCAAUAGGAAUGCCAUCGCUUUGACUCGCAUGAAUGAUGUCGUUUUUGUGACAAUGAACUAUAGGCUUGGACCUUUGGGGUUCUUUACGACUGGCGACAGCAAUGCCCCUGGUAACAAUGGGCUCCUCGACCAGCAGAUGGCGAUACAAUGGGUGAAGCAACACAUUCAGAGGUUUGGAGGAGACCCCGACAGGAUCACAAUCAUGGGAGGUAGUGGGGGUGGAGUCAGUGUUUCUACCCAGAUUUUGUCACCAACAAAUGCAGGCUUAUUCCAGCGAGCCAUCUGCAACAGUGGAGUUGCAACAGCUGUAGCGAGAGUUAACACGAGAGAUGAGGAGGUCGAAAAGAGUUUGGUUGUUGCUGCAGCUUUAGAAUGUGUGGAACUUGACAAUGCGGGCCUGGUAGAAUGUAUGCAAAACUUGGACCCAUACAGUAUUACAGACCAUGGUUCAGGACAGACCCUUUAUCCAUAUGUGGAUGGAACCUUUCUCACACAUCUUCCCUUCAAUGCU